GUUCGUUGAAUUGCCAUGCCACCCAGCCCAGGUGACUUGCAGCAGCGAAUAAAAUGGGGGGGGAAUCACGUUUAUGGAAAAAUGUGAACUUGGCAAUUUUUAAAAAAUCUCACCCUUUGGGAACCUGUUUCACCUGUACGGCAUGGUUCUGCAGGGUGCCCUUCAACAGGACUAGUCCAGUGGUAUUGCCUUUCCCAUCCUUGGUUGAUCUGGACAGGCGUCUUGAACUUAGAUUCAACAACGUGGUUGACUCAAGAGCAAGCAGCCUUGUUGGUUGCUCCUCGGCUACUUGGCUCAGACAUCAAAGGAAGAAGAUGGCCCAAGCUGAGAUUCUCCUCUUUGCUUUGUGUGCUCUGUCACAAGCCACAGCAUGCUUCCAGCUCAUCACCCCAUCCAAGUGGGGAGCUAAACCUGCCAAUUGUUCAGCGCCUUUGAAGAACGUCCUUCCUGAGUACGUUGUCAUCAUCCACACGGCCGGACAUCCCUGCAAUAGUCAACCCGAUUGCAGCAGGGAUGUCAAGAACGUGCAGGCUUUCCAUCAGGAUCUCAAAGGAUGGUGUGAUAUUGCCUACAAUUUCCUGAUCGGCGAGGACGGGCGUGUGUACGAGGGACGAGGUUGGCGCAACGAAGGAGCUCACACCUACGGCUACAAUGAUUUGACACUCGGUAUUGCUUUCAUAGGUUCUUUCACCGAGAGGUCUCCCAACGAAAAGGCAUGGAAAGCUCUGAAGUGUUUGCUUGAUUUCUCCGUGAAGGUUGGCUACCUGGAUCCGGAAUAUCUUGUGGUAGCCCACAGUGACCUCAGCAGCAUCGUAUCCCCCGGAGAGGCCGUCCGGGCGGAGAUUUCCAAGUGGCCAAAUUAUAAGCAUCACUGAAGAGGACUCUUCAUUGUUCCCUCAGUUCCCUCCCUCAGCCUGCAUUUCAACUCUUGAACUGGAAGGGUAAAAAAGAAGAGAGAAUGAAGAGAGAUUACACAAUGUUUCAGUGUGAAAUUCUCCUAUUUAGUUAGCCAGCCAUGCCCUUUUCCACAAUGCUCCAUUGCAAUCCCUCUCCAUUUUUCUGUUUUUACUCCCUCCAAAAUAUAUUCAGUUUUUCACGUUUUUAGGGCUUCCCCCUCCUGUCUUCAUAUAUAUCAAAUCUCGGAUUCCUUUAUGCUUCUGUAUCAUGUACAGGUAGUGCUGUUUUGGUUACCGAACUGCCAGGACUUGGAGAAUAAAUUUGCUAUUGGUAUAUAUAUGAUUUGGGAAUCCCAAUAUGAACUUUGAGAACGGAAUGGGGAGGAUGGAUGGGGAAGGGAUUUUUAAUGUAAUUACCCACAAAGCCCUCAAGGAGGGGCUUAAGUAUCUAAGCCAGUGUGGUGUAGUGGCUAAGGUGUUGGACUGGGAGUCGGGAGAUCCGGGUUCUAGUCCCCACUCGGCCAUGAAAGCCCACUGGGUGACUUUGGGCCAGUCACAGGCUCUCUCAGCCCAACCUACCUCACAGGGUUGUUGUUGUGACGAUAACAUGGAG